UACGAUGUACUUGAGAUAUAUGGACGCAACGUAGUUAGCACUGACGGAGACGAGUGGCGGAGACACGUUGCGGUUGCCGGGCCUGCUUUCAACGAAGCGAACUAUGCUCUUGCAUGGGAAGAGACAUUACGGGUUAUGCACGAGUGGUUCGAGGAGCUCGAUUGCGAUCCCGAGAUAUCGGUUGGGAAGUGCUUGGAUAUUAAAGGAGAAAUGAUUAGGGCAACACUCCUAAUCAUUGCAUCGGCUGGUUUCGGCAAGCACAUAUCCUGGAGGGAG